AUGGCUAUCCCCGACGCAGACCUAGAAUACGAAAAGCCUAGCGUGAUUGCGCUUGAGGGCAAUGACCAUGGCGGGCUCACGUCUCUCGAUCAAGUGUUCCCGCCGGACAUGCAGAAGCGCGUCCUGCGCAAAAUGGACCUGCGGCUCAUCCCUAUGCUUGCUCUGCUUUACCUCCUUGCCUUCUUAGACCGUGGGAAUAUCGGCAAUGCGAAGAUUGAGGGGAUGCUGGAUGAUCUCCAUAUGUCGGGAUCCGAAUAUAAUUGGUGCUUGACGGUGUUCUUUUUUACUUAUGUUGCCUUUGAACUGCCGAGCAACCUGUUGUUGAAGAAGUUGAGGCCGUCGAGGCUCUUGCCGUUGCUCAUGGUGGCCUGGGGCAUUGUCAUGACGUUGAUGGGAAUCGUGCAAGAUUACCAUGGACUGUUGAUUUCCCGGCUGUUCCUCGGUGUUGCUGAAGCCGGCCUCUAUCCUGGAAUCGCCUAUUAUAUAACCCUCUGGUAUCCGCGACACCUUGCCCAAUACCGUCAGGCCAUGUUCUUCAGCGCCGCCAGUGUUGCCGGAGCGUUCUCAGGGAUUCUAGCUUGGGCGAUAGCCAAAAUGGACGGUGUCGGUAACUACGCCGGUUGGCGGUGGAUCUUCAUCCUCGAGGGGAUCCUGACGGUCCUCGUUGGCAUCAUCGCACCGUUUGCCAUGUACGAUUUCCCCGAGACAGCGACAUUCUUGACCGAGGAGGAGCGAAAAUAUGUUAUCCAUGCGCUGCGGACCCAGAAUUCUGGACAGGAUACCCUGAGCGCAGGUGGAGACGCAGUCGAAGAACAGGCGAAGUUCCGCCCAAGAUACGUCCUUGAUGCUUUGACCGAUUGGCAGAUCUACGUCGGUCUAUUCAUGUACUGGGGUAUCACUUGCCCUCUCUACGGAAUCUCCUUCUUCCUCCCCUCCAUCAUCCGCGACCUGGGGUAUACCUCUUCCACAGCGCAGCUGCUCACCGUGCCCAUCUAUAUUACCGCCGCAGCCGUUGCCGUCGCCGGUGCGUGGUUGUCGGAUCGGUAUAAGAAGCGCUCGCCGUUUAUAUUGUUCUUCAUGAGUCUGAUCGCCAUUGGGUUUGUGAUUGUCCUUGCCUCCUCGGACCGUGGCGUGCCGGGCGUGGUGUAUUUUGGGGUCUUUAUUGCGGUGGUCGGGAUCUAUCCAGCCUUUCCUGGAAAUGUCACGUGGAUCAGCGUCAACUUGGCAGGCGACUACAAGCGCGCUGCCGGGAUGGCUAUACAUAUCGGGCUGGGAAAUAUGGCUGGAGCAAUGGCCUCAAACUUCUAUCGUGAACAAGAUGCGCCAAAGUAUACCCUCGGACACGCUCUCGAGCUUGGCUUCUGUGUUGUGGGAUUACUCGCCGUGCUUAUUCUGCGCUUCUCGUACAAACGGAUCAAUAAGAAGAGAGAGGCGAUGGAUCUAUCGCAAUGGGAUAGCUAUGAAAUGGCGAAGAUGGGAGAUCGGUCGCCGAUGUUUAGGUAUAUGCUGUGA